UGGGUCUGAGCUGUGAGGGGAAGUUCCGCUGUGGAACAUCAUCCCGCUGCAUCAGCAGCUCGGCUCAGUGUGAUGGAAUUGUGGACUGUGAGGAAGGCGAGGACGAGCUCAGCUGUGUGAGGUUGAGUGGGAAGAGUUCUGUGCUGCAGGUACGUAGUGAAGGGGAAUGGAAGACAGUGUGCUCUGAUGAAUGGAACUCUGCCCUUGGCGUUUCCGCCUGCAAACAACUGGGCUAUGCCAGAUAUGUGGAGUCCAGCUCCCUUCCCUGUUCCUCCAUAGAGCAGGACUUCCAGAACAAUCUGAUCUCCAUCAACAUCAACCGUUCUGGAUUGCAGCAGGCCAUUAAGAUCCAUAAUGCCAGCCACCUCAGUAAGACCCAAUGCAGCUCAGGCAGGGUGACCACAAUAAAAUGUCUAGACUGUGGCACCAGGCCUCGUUUCAGCAGACGUAUUGUAGGGGGUAACGUGUCUGCAUCAGGUCAGUUCCCCUGGCAGGUGAGCCUGCACUUCCAGAAUGAACACUUGUGUGGAGGUUCAAUCAUAACUUCACGUUGGAUCCUAACUGCUGCUCACUGUGUGUACGGGUUUGCAUACCCUACCCUGUGGGCAGUGCAUGUAGGAUUGAUAGAGCAACCAGUCAACGGAGCUCAGGCUUUGGCUGUGGAGAAGAUAAUGUACCACGAUCGCUACCGCCCAAAAGGCCUGGACUAUGACAUUGCUCUGAUGAAAUUGGCAGAACCACUGAUAUUUAACGGUUAUGUUGAGCCUAUCUGUCUGCCUAACUUUGGGGAGAAUUUUGAAGAUGGAUUGAUAUGCUGGAUUUCAGGAUGGGGGGCCACAGAGGAUGGAGGCGAGGGCAGUGUUUCGAUGCACUCUGCCCGGGUCCCCCUCAUCUCCACUAAAGUGUGUAGUCAGCCAGGUGUCUACCAAGGCUUCAUCUCCUCCUGGAUGAUUUGUGCUGGCUAUCUUGAAGGAGGAACAGAUUCCUGCCAGGGGGACAGCGGUGGUCCUCUGGCCUGUGAAGAUAUGGCAGUGUGGAAGCUAGUGGGUGCCACUAGCUGGGGGCAGGGCUGUGCGGAGAGGAACAAGCCAGGGGUAUACACCCGCAUUACUCAGUCCCUAUAUUGGAUCCAUCUACAGAUGGAGCUAAAUGGAAACAAACACAUGGAGCAGGCUAUGGAUGGUUACACCAAGCAGGCCCUUUCCUCAGGCUUUGUCAAAGCCUCUACCUCUCCUGCUGGGGCAGGGUUUUUAUUAUUUGUGGGCAAGAAGGACGGCGGCCUCCACCCGUACAUUGACUACAAAAGCCUCAACAAGAUCCCGGUCCGAAAUUGCUACCCCCUACCCAUCAUGUCCACUGCCUUCGAGGUGCUUCAAGGGGCCUUGAUGUUCACCAAACUCGAUCUGCGAAUUUCACUUUUGAGUCAAGUUCUGGAUAUGUUGGAUCUAGGGGAGGGCCCAGACAAGGCAUGCGACAUUGCAGUUACCCCUCAAAAUGAGAAAGAUGCAGUCCUCACUGACUGUGACGGGUCUGAUAUGGACUACGAAAGGGAGACAGGGCCUCUACAAGCCAUAGGGGCCCGUCAGAAAAACCAAGGCCCUCUACAAGCCAUAGGGGCCAUACAGAAGAACCAAGGGCCUCUACAAGCCAUAGGGGCCAGUCAGAAGAACCAAGGGCCUCUACAAGCCAUAGGGGCCAGUCAGAAGAACCAAAGAGAGAUCACCAUUGAAAUGUCCAACCUCUACUCCACCCAGACCAAGAACAAGAAAUUAUAUCUGGGCAUGGAUGAGCUCCUUACUUUCUAUGGGAUCCUAAUCACAUCUGGAUGUAAGCAGUUUAUCAGAGGUAAACCAAUCCGUUUUGGUUACAAGGUAUGGAGCCUUGCAUCAUCUAGUGGUCACAUGUACCACAUGGAGCCAUAUGGUGGAUCCCACACUCUCCUCCCUGAGACUGGGUUAGGUCAGGGACCGAGUGUCGUUCUCGGUCUUGCAGAGCAAGCUCAGUUGCCUCAAGGUUGCAAGUUCAUUCAUGACAACCUCUUCACAUUCCUUGCACUCCUCGAUAACAUGACACAAAGAGGAUAUGGAAGCUCUGGAACAAUGAGGCAAAAUCGCCUUUUUGAUGUCCCAUUCAUGCCACAGAAGGACUUCAUGAAGUCACCCCGGGGAGCCUCUGAGGUUCUGACCCAAGGAGACAAGUUGCUGGUCCGUUGGAAAGACAACAGCAUUGUCACAGUGGCAACUAACAUGGAGGAGAAAUACAGUGAGACCUCUGGUCAAGAGAUGGAACAAGGCGCGACGUGCCUUUGA